CGUAUAAGUUGAUAGUGGGUUGAAAAUAAUUUACUUUCGUUAGUGAAAUUAUAUUGAGAAGUGCUUUAUUAGUGUGUGUGCAAAAACAAUGGAGUUUCAUAAACUAUUGCCCCUAUUCGCCGUGCUAGCGUCCGCUGUCGCCCAAUACGGCGGGUACGGCCUGGAAGGCUACGAGGACUACCACAAGCCGUUGGUACACCACGCGUUAGACGAGCACCAUGACGAAUAUGAUGUGGAUUAUCAUGCACACCCAAAAUACUCGUUCGACUAUUCGGUCAAGGACCCUCACACUGGAGACGAAAAGGAACAUUGGGAGACUAGAGACGGUGACAAAGUGAGAGGCUCCUACACACUAAUGGAGACGGACGGCACGAAGCGCAUAGUGGAAUACGAGGCGGACGACAAGAACGGUUUCAACGCAGUCGUCCACAGGAUUGGCCAUCCCAAACAGGAGAUAGAACACGAAGAAUUCAACAUCGCCAAGCCGGUGUAUGAACCGCAGUAUCAGGAGGAUUUCCAACAACACUACGAGGGCGGGUUCGUCCCUAUGACCGGUUACGAUCAUAGACACUAAGUUGCGUCUCAGUUCUUUGGUACUAGAAUGGUGGGCUGGGGACGUUGACUUGGAUAGGCAUUACAAGUUGGGAUCAUGUAGGCUUUAGGAAGAUAAAACUGGCCAUUCUGAAUUUUUAUAGAUAUGAGUUAUAAUGUUGGGAUUUAUUGUAUUGCUUACAUCUUUAAGUGUUUACAGUAUCAAUGUACUGUACUUGAAGAUAAAGCUGUUAGAUUUAUUAAUGUGUGCUUCUUACACUUUGGUUUAUUAAUUAUUGUAACACAUAAUAUUCGUUAGUAGCUAAUGGAUAUUCUUGUAGGUAAAAUGCAAAGACCUAUCUUAAAACUAGAUCUAUUUAGAUCUCUCUACUAUACCAAUAAUCCUGAAUACCUAUUCAGGACCGCCUCCCUGAUUAAGUGGUUACCACGUGAGUGUAGAACCGAGGGGCCCAGGAUUCGAUGCUCGGUAGAUACAAAAAAAAAUUCUCGGUCUAGCUGGACAUAGAAGACUGAUCACCUUCUUGUCCAUAAAGGACAUGGAGGACAUGGGACAUCACUUUUUACUACAGGUAUACAGGUCGAUUUUCUUAAUAUUAUACCUUUUACAUUGGAAUCAUUUUAAUCCAUCUUUAUUCCAAUACUCGUGUCCGUCAAACAAACCUAUUCUAGAACAUUCUAGUAUCAAAGAACAUUAAAAGAUCUUUUGUUUCUCCCCAUUCAACUUCCGCGUCAUAAAGCUAAAGCUGAAACGCUUUAGAAAUAACUGAUUACUUAUAUUACAACCAGUAUUAUUUGCGUAAUUUGAUCGACAAUACUUUUAUCAAAGUCUUGAACAUUUAUAUUAUAUAUUGUAGAUAUUUAGUUAUUUUACAGAACUUCCGAACGAAAGGAAAGCAAUAAUAAACUCAUUUGAUAAAAAUUAACAAAAUAACCUCAUAAUACACUGUAUUAACCAAGUUUCCUAAUAUAGUAACUACAUUAACUGUCUCUUUCUUUUGUUCGCAUGACAAGCGAUGGCACAUAUAUAUUGCGAGUAAAUUUUUUAGAAAAUUGGGAAGUACGAUAGAAAGAAAGAAGUUGUUAGUGUAAAGCAAAUGAGUAUCCAUUCAUAUGACACUCUUAUGGGUGUAAGGUAUAUUGAGUCUUAACAUAAGAUGAUAAAGUCGAAAUUAAUUGUAGCCGUGAUCGAUUCUGAAAGUUUUCCACCAUCGUUAUAAACAGAAUGUUUGCUUGCACAUAAAUGAAUGACAGAUUUAUUUUAUAUAUUUUUAUACUCAUGGUUAAUGAUAUUCGACGUUAAAAUUGUUAUAUUUCUUCUUAAAGUUUAAUAUGUUAAGUUUUCCAAAAACAGCACAAAAAUAUGAAAAAAAAUGUUUGCGAAGACCAAAUUAGUAAAAAGUUAUUUUACUCUUUCGGUUGAAUAUAUUUUAUGAAUUCUUUAUAAGAUAAAAAUAUGAACGAGUAGACUCAAUUGUAGAAAAUGAGUAUUUCUUGUUACGUUAUUUAUUUGUGAUUUUUGUAUUCCCUUGGAUUGAUGAGACUGUAAUUCGUAGAUAUUAAGUAUUGUACAAAAAUCUUGUAAUAAACUUUUUUUUAUUGUUUA